AAACUUAAUUUCGAUGUUUCUGAGGCCACCAUUUUCAAACCACACCAAUCAUGGCCUCCUCCUCCUCCCUUUUCCUCCACCCCGCCGUCGCGGCUCCAUUUCGCGCCCUCGCUUUCUCCACGCCGCCGGGCCACGAAAAGAAGUCUUUCGCCGUCGCUACGGGGGAGCUCUUUCUCGGCAUCACGGCUCGGAUUCUCAAGAGGAACGGCAAAAUCGUGGGCGGCGGGGAGCUUCCGGCGCCGGAGAAUGAGAGGGGUUGGUGGCGGAGGAACGAGGGGAUCGGGGCCGUUGUAGAGGAUCCGGUUCAGCCGGAGAUGGUGUGGGAGCAAGGGCUGAAAGACGUGGAGGCGGAGCGGCGGCGCAAGGCGGUUACUAGCCCUGGGUUUAGCUUCUCCGCCGCGGGGCUCUUGUUCCCUUACCAUCUUGGGGUGGCUCGCCUUCUCAUUGAGAAGGGUUAUAUCAAGGAAACAACACCGUUGGCUGGCUCGUCUGCUGGGGCUAUUGUGUGUGCGGUGAUUGCCUCGGGAGCCAGCAUGGAGGAGGCACUGGUGGCUACCAAGAUAUUGGCUGAAGAUUGCAGGCUUCGAGGGACUGCGUUCCGCCUUGGGGCUGUGCUUAGAGAUGUUCUGGACCAGUUUCUGCCUGAUGAUGCUCAUAUCAGGUCCAGUGGAAGGGUUCGUGUGGCUGUAACGGAGAUUAUGUGGAGGCCGAGGGGUGUUCUUGUAGACCAAUUUGAUUCUAAAGAAGACCUUAUCAAUGCUGUUUUCACCUCUUCAUUCAUUCCUGGAUAUCUUGCUCCGAGGCCAGCAACAAUGUUCCGCAAUCGUUUAUGUAUAGACGGGGGUUUGACACUGUUCAUGCCGCCAACCUCUGCUUCUCAGACGGUUCGCGUUUGUGCAUUUCCUGCUGGUCGUUUGGGAUUGAAAGGAAUAGGAAUCAGCCCCGACUGCAACCCAGAGAACAGGGCUAGUGCACGAGAGCUUUUCAAUUGGGCACUCGAGCCAGCUGCGGAUCAUGUUCUUGAUAGGCUCUUUGAGCUUGGAUAUCUUGAUGCAGCUGUAUGGGCGGAGGAGAAUCCAGUGGAAGAAAUAGUUCGACAAGACAGCGCUUGCUGAUGGCCCGACAAAGAAAAUUCAGGCAUCGAUAUUAACUGUACAAACUCUGGAGAGCGCUACUUGUUUAAGUUCUUGCUCUUGAAUGUCUUGUGAAGCAUAGAAUAUAGAUAAAUAGUAGUAGUAGUAGUAGUAGUAGUAGUAGUAGUAUAUUGUGAUAGGGAUAGGGAUGUGGAUCUUAAUUGUUCAUUCACGUCCUAUGAAUUUAUUUGAGGCUGCUCUUAUCAUGGAGAA